AAACAUCACGGUGAAAUUGAAAAAUAGCACCCAAAACUCGCAUGACCAAAUGCUUUCGUAGCAACUCGGUCCGAAAAGUGGCCCAAUUUGCGGUAAAUGGGCCAAUCUGGCCACGCUGCUGACAUUUGAAUUCCGAAGUGUCUCAAUAGUGAAGAAAUCCGGAGAAACUAACCAAAUUAUCAAAGACAUUUAUUUUUCAAUGUUAUUUUUAAUUCGUUUUUGAUUUUCGCGAUUUCUUGGUGGGGUGGUGUUUAACAGUGUCGACAAUGUUCAGAAGGACGUGCCUUCAACUUAGAGCUCUGUCUCAAAGCUAUUUAACAAGUCAUCAAGAAAUUAACAUUAGGAGUUUGCCUGCAGCUUGCCUUUUUAGCAACAGUGCCUAUAUCAGCCCGAAUGAGCCCUUGCCGGACAAACCAUCCGCAACUGAAGCCCCUAAAAAGAAAAAAACGGCCCCAAUUCCCAGAAUAACCCUCCUGAAUGGUGCUGACAUUAGUAUAUCUACUUUGGAAGACGCUCAAAAAAUAGCCAAGCGCCGAGACCUUAAACUGAUAAAACUACUGGAUCUCGAUACGAAAACUGACCGGCCGGUAUACCGUCUCAUGACAGGGGCUGAAUAUCAUCAUGAAGAUUUAAAACAAAGGGAGACCAAAAAGGCAAUAAAGGCAAAAGGUGCAUUUAAAAAGGAAAAGUUGCUCAUUAUGAGUCAGAAUAUUACUGAGCACGAUUUGCAAACGAACAUCAAUAAGUUAUUGAAAUGGAUAAGCAGACGGUAUGAGGUUCGAAUCGUAAUCAACGGAAACUCGGAGAACAGCACUAAAUCUGAAAAUGUGUUUGCAACGAUCCAAAAAUCAGUAACUGAUCAAGGGCGAAUAGUCCAAAAACGACAAAAAGGAUCGGACAUAAAAUUCCAAAUAUUGCCCCCAAAAGAGCCCAAGCAAACCGACGACAGCGACCAGAACAAUGACGAUAAAGCGGAGCCCCCUCCAUGACUAGCCGUGGUUUUCGGAAUAGUCUCAUUACUGAGUUUCAAAUAUUAUAUUUACUAUCAUGUGUAUAAAAAGCCAGGUAAGAAACAAUAAAUCUACUCAUCAGCGGUAGCUUCUGACCGUAA